AUGAAAGUCACAACUAAGGGAUCGAACUUAUACGAGAGGGUGUCUGGGUGCCUUGAACAUCUGAAGCUUCCCUGGAGUAAACUGGCAAAUGUAACCACAAAUGGAUCACCAAAUUUAACUGGGAAAAAAGUAGGACUUUUAAAAAGAAUUCAGGACAAAGUAAAAGAAGAUGACCCUGAUAAAGAAGUGAUUUUUCUGCAUUGUAUUAUAUAUCAGGAGGCCCUCUGGAAAAAUAUCCUGGACAUUGAUCAUGUUGUUCACACAGUAGUGAAAAUAGUGAACUACAUAAGAGCGAGGGGACUUAAUCAUCUGCAGUUCAUUUCCCUUCUUGAAGACACUGAUGCCGAACGCCAGGACUUACUUUAUCAUACAAACGUUCACUGGCUCAGCCUAGGAAAGGUAUUGCAGCGAGUGUGGGAGCUCACAGAUGAAAUUUUCGCUUUUCUGGAGAUGCAGGGGAAACAAAAUGAUUUCCCUGAAUUAAAGAAUUCAAAAUGGGUGUGUGACCUCACUUUUGGUGUGGAUAUCUUGGCACAUUUAAAUGAACUUAAUGUAAACCUGCAAGGAAACAAAGUGUUUGUACACAAAUUAUAUUCUUGUGUGACAGCUUUCAAAGCCAAGUUGGUCUUGUUUUCAAAACAAAUUAAGGACAAAGUGUUCACUCACUUUCCAACACUGAAAUACUCGGAAGUGUCACCAGAGCAGAGAGAAAAGUACAGCAAAAUGUUUGAGUGA